AUGCUGUACACCUGUUCUACGCGUACCGUUGUACGGUCGCGUCGCGUGAUGACACAUUCACCGUAUUUGAGACUGUUGUUGUACCUAACCGCUGACAUCCGCACCUCUCUCCUCGCCAGGACCCCUCUCCCCUCUCCUCACCAUCCCGCCGCCCCGAGAAGGGCGUCGCCAAACCACCCGGCAUGGUCGACGAGGCCACGCAGCAAAUCGCCGAUCUCCUCCUCAUCAUCGCCUCGCUGCAGGAGGACAUCAAGCAGCUGGACGCCCCAUCCUGGACCGCCGCCGAGUUCGACCUCAAGGUCCGCACCAUCGCCGAGCAGAUCACCCAGGAGUGUAUCAAGGCCGACAACGUCCCCAUCUCCAAGGCCAUGGCCGCCCAGUUCCUCCGCAACGGCGACCGCAAGUCCACCAGGCAGAUCGCCGUCCUGCUCGCCAGGAGGAAGACUGCACUUAAGAAGCUCCACGACAUGAGCGAACACGUCGAGAAGCUCAAGGAGGGCUGGACUCGCGCGGAGUGAUACCCCCGACUUCUGCUCACCACCACCACCGUGUCAGGGCAUAACCACAACUUUCUUCGCGCUCGCUUUAUAGUCCAUGUCUGCGCGCAAGGAAGGGAAAUGCACAACGUUCACGUCUUAUUUACGCCUAGGAUUGCACAGGCCAUGUAUAAAUUUGUAAAACUCAAAGCUCUUGGGGUGAACCGUACAAUCCCGCCUCCGCCUGCUCA